AAGUCACAGUUUUCCUUUUAUAGGCAAUGUGCUGGUUACAAACUGAUGCCUUUCAAUCACAUCAUGCUUUCUGUGAAUCCAUUCAAUUAGCAAAUAACUAAUCUUGUUUCUCUCGCACAGCAGCAGAAAGCAAAAGCUGUAAAAUGGAUUUCUUUGUUUGAUCUGAAAAUGUUUUCUCUGAGGCUCCUUCUGAUGCCCAGGCUGUGCUGAAAAGACUCCAAGAGUGCAGAGAAAUUGAUGCCUCUCAAAAGGAGAGAGCAUAGCUGAUGAAGAGACACUGACCGCUCGCUUGCUAUGCUGCAGGGAGGAGCUGAUCUGGAGCGUGGCACAGCUGAGCCCCAUCAGAGAGUUUUGGAGACAGUAGAAGAGGAUUCCUGACUGCCUCAGAGAAGCAGAGGAGGAUCUGCAAGAGAGAGAAGAAUGAACUGUGUUCAGUUUUGAGCACCUUAUGACAAAAAAAUCACUGAAGAGCUGAAGUGUCCAGAGAAGGAGCACAAGGAGUGGCUGAGUGAGCUGGGGCAACUAAGCCUGGAGAAAAGGAGGCUCAGGAGGGACCUUUCACUCUCUAUAGCUCCCUGAAAGGAGGUCCAAGCCAGGUAGCUUUGGAUUGCUGUGAAGGCAGCUCUCAGAGGGAAGCCACGGACAAUCUGAUCAGGAAGGUGGAUGAAGAGAAAAACCUGAAAGGGGAAACUUCUGGAGGCUGUGAAAGCAUCCUUCCCUGGACUCCAGCUUCUGCCGGACAACUUGGUGGCAAGAGCAAACAUCUCUGAUGGUAAAGGUGCACAUGAAAUGCUGUCAGGUCGCCAGAGAAAAGCAGAUCCAGCAUAAAGAGUGUGGCGAGGUCAAGUCGACAAAGAAUGAGCUGGAGAAACAUCAGUUGGAGGUCUACAGGAUGGUGGGGAUGGCCAAGAAGAAAAAGAAGAGGAAGAGGCUCCCCAUGGCAUGUGACAUUGGAAGAGAGUUUGCUCAUUCCUCAGCUCAGAAUCACUGCUCCUCCAGGUUCUCCUCCCUGCGGUGCAGCUGCUGUGACAAAACCUUCACCAGCACUGCUGCUCACCAAAAGCACAUCAAGGCAGAGCACACAGGUUUUCCAUCCACUGGAGGCGUCCUGCUGGAGAUGGAGUUUGCCCUUCUCCUCCUGGCUGAAAUAAGCUCAGAGGGUCCAGUGAGAUAUUGCUUAGAGUGGAGCUGCCCCAUCUGUUGAUCCUUAAUGCUGUGCUAACCUCACCUUGGUUUAGUACAUUGCACUUCAGACCUGAAGUUGUUUCUUUUGUCUCUGAGCAUGUAAAGCUGUUACUAUUGAGCUGUCUGGUAGACAUGGGGCUUUCUCCAGCGGGAUUAUAGUUGAUGGUGAGUUUGGUGGCAUUCAGGAGCAAGCCAGAUGAUCCCCAUGGUGAGUGUGAACUCCUGUUUAUCACUGUGCGUUCCCCUUGCCCCAUGACCGGUCUCUGUGAACAGUGAAUUCCCUCCCCAGCUCCCUCCAGCCUCUCACACAGACUAACCCAGAUAAUCCUUUGCUAUCUGCCACAUCUCAGUGGAUCUAUUAAAUACACACGAGUUCUUGUGUCCUUGUGUGUAACCAGGAUAUGCUCAAAGAUUUCAAAUCCCCCAGUGUAGGAUUCUUAUCAAAGUUUCUGUCAAAGUCUAAAUAAACACACCCCUUUUACUCAUCCAUUUCUCUGCGGCUCUGAGGGUUUUUCUGUUUUAAAGGCAAGGCAUUGCUGUUCCCACCAAUGAGCUGGUUCACAUCAUUGGUGGUACAGCAGGCCAAGAGCUGAUGGGAAUCCGUGGUAGGGGACUGGAUUUGGGGUUCCAGGAGCUUUGCACAAGUGAGAUUGGGUCUCCCUGCAGCUCUAGUGGAGGAUGAGGACAGAGGGGACUUGCUUUGGGGGUUGGCAGUGACUCAUUUAAUGGUGAUGAAACUAAACCCUCAGGCUUGCCAUGCGUCAAGACUCAGCCUGUGUCCCUCUGGGAUGUGCCCAGGUGUUUGCCAAGUGUUGGCACUUAGCAGGGCCAGCAGAGCAGGUAGCACAGAGAGCAUAUUCCUGCUGAUAAUCUCUUUGCUGGGUGCCAGUACCUGUCCCCGCCUCCCUGGCUCUCUGCAAAGGGCUCUACCACUCCUGCAUUCCUAAUGCAAACAUUGCAGGAAGAUGAUUCAGCACUUAGCAAAGAAUUGCAGAUGCUCCAGAGAUUAUUUUGAGCAUUUGGAGCAGCUCUGGGAAGUGAUGGGGUGCUCAGGUCCCUGCACUUCUCCAUGUGUCAGCCACAGCCCACACAGGGAUGUGGGACACAGCCCUGGGACAGCCCCACGCACUGCUGUUGCUGUGUUCCUGUCCCUGAGCCUGCCUGGCUCCUCUGCCCCUUCCAAAACCCUGCAACACCAGCAGGGAUCCUGCACUCCCCUUCCCCUCAGGGAGCAGGCAGCUCAUCUUGCCAGAGCGAUCGAACACAAUUUCCUUUUUCUGUGUCACAGGCUCAUUCCUGGGGUUGUGCUCAGGCCAGGUGCUUGCAGAGAGAGGUCUCCUGUUGGGAACAAUCCCUUCCCCUGGGCUGGAAGGAUUCCCCUGGCUGUAUUUUGAGUGGGGACUAACUGGUGUUGGUUUAAAUAUGGAAACUGAUGU